AUGCCUGUCGGACUGCGAGGACUGUGUGCCUUAACUCUGUAUUACUUGCUGAUUGAUUUAGCUACAGUUAGUACAACCACCACCACGGCAUCCACGACCAAGGAGACGGUAUUCUACUGUUACGACUGUAACAGUGCUAAUUCUGCGUGCCUGGGGAACGCAACGCUAGACCGUUCCCAAGAGGGACACGCCAUCGUGGUGACGAACUGCACGGUGGGUCAGAGAUGCUUCACGCGUGAGAAUAAACUCUCCAAAACUGACAACAUUUAUCGAGGAUGCACAAAGAUAAUAGGCGGUAACCUCCCUGUUCCCCUCCCUGACGACGGUUGCUAUGACUACAACGGAGACAAUUUCUGUAUAUGUAGCGGGGACAGGUGUAAUAUAAAGCCAAUAGGAGAACCGACUGGAGUGAAGAUGGAUGCCCACUUGAAGACAGCUGACGGUGGAGUCCUCCCCCCUCCAUAUGUUCCAAGAGGUAACAAAAAACACAUCGAAUGUAAUAUCUGUAACAGUGGUAAGCCUGAUGAGUCAAACUUCAACUGUUUAGCCCAGAGAACUGCCAACUGGAAGACAACCUGGAAGAGAAACUGUACAGGCCGCUGCAUUACCAAGACAAAUUUUAUCUAUUCCGAUGGUAAAUAUGCUAUCUUCUAG